UGAUUUCCGAUGCAGCCCGUCCGGGCGGCCGCUUCUGUCGACGGGUGAUGCAAGGCGGUGCCAGACCCACCUCCGCGCCGCGGACAUCUCCCACUUGGCGGAGCUGCGGCGCGGCGGCGAGACGCGGGCGGCGGCGGCAGCGGCGGCGCAGCGCGGCCGAGGAGCGAGAGUGAAGAUGAGUGAUGAAGAUAUUCUUGUGUGUGCAGUACAACUUGGAAAAAACUUCUGCCUCUAUUUUACAGAUGAUGAUGAGCUGGAAUGUGAUGCCUUGUGUAAGGAAAAAACUCUCCAACAACGAGUCUUCCGAAACGUAAAUAGCCAGCUGCUUGUGUUUCAACCAACUUUAAACGUGGCAGCUUUUGAAGACGUGACAGAUCAGGAGAUGAAGUCUGGCAGUGGAAUGCACUUCAACAUUCACUGUUACAAAACUACUACGCCUUCAGCAGGGAUGCCUGUUGCAUUCAGCAUCCAGAUAAAUGAUAAGAAUUAUUACAUGUGUUGUGAGAAAGAACAUGAGAAAAUAACGGUUCGAUUUAGGGAAGGAGAAGUUCCCACAGAAAUUCCUUGUGAAAGUAACUUUAUCUUCUUCAAAAAGACAUUUACACCUUGUAGCUCCAGAGCAUUCAAGUUUGAAUAUUCACUAGAACAAGGAAUGUUCUUGGCCUUUGAGAAAGAAGGAGGCUUAAGAAAAUUAAUUUUAAAGAAAAUGUCAAAAGAAGAUGAAGUGGAUGAAACCACGAUUUGUAGCUUAAGUCAAAAUGAAAAUCAUAACCGGUGA